AUGAAGACGGCAAUUCAUAGUGCAGUAUCUGAGAAUAUUAGUUUUCUAGGUAUGGAACUACAGGCAGUUCCACCUUCAGUUUUGCAUCCUCCCAUGACGGAGAAAGCAAUUAGGGCACGGAAGAAGUACCUUAGGCAGAAGGAAGUUAGAGCUUUAGAAUUUAAAAAUGCUAGAGAGAGGAAUAGAAAGAUACUGGGGAUGAAGAUAUUGCAGCAUGUUUUUAAGAAGUUGAAGCAAAGUGAUGGGUUUAAAUUUGACUUUCAAAUUGAAAAUGAGGUUCGAGAAAUCCUCAGAACUCGGACUGAUGAAGUGGUCCAAGAUUUCUUGGGUUCCUUGGAAGAGCGUUGGGAAUGGCAUCGGAUGCUCAGAGCAGGUGAUUUUCUCUCUUUAAGGCACAUUAGAGAUCAAUUACCCCAAGAGCUGGUUGAUGCUUAUGAUAAGUUCCAAGAGCAAGUUGACAAGUAUUUGAGUCCGGUCCAAUCUAGAAAGGCUUUAGAGAAAGAAGAAAAGAGAGUGGAGGAGGAAGAGGAACGGAAAUAUGCCAAGAGAACGGUUGAGGAUUUGACGAGGCUGUGUAUGAAAGUUGUUGCACCAAUAAAACUUGUUAGGAAGGCAGUUAAGAUGGCUGGUUUUACAAAUAACAUGGGUCGCCCUAGGCCGAUUAAGUUACUCAUUGCUCUUGAAGAUACUGAUAUUAUCAAGUGGUAUGCAGGUGUAGGGAGAAGGUGGCUUGAUUUCUUCUGCUGCUGUCACAACUUCAAGAUGGUUAAAACUGUAGUAACUUAUCACUUAAGGUUCUCUUUCAUUUUGACACUAGCAGAGAAGCAUGAAUCAACCAAACGUGAAGCCAUUAAGCAUUACACUAAAGAUUUGAAGGUCUCUGAUUUGAACGGGAACGAGGAAGCGUUCUUCCCCACAGAAAGAGAGGUUAAAAUGAUGGGAGAUCAAAAUCUUUCGGAUCCAAGGCCUGUUGAUGGUGCUUUAUCUUUGGCUUUGAUCAGGUUGGCUUCUGAUGAGCCCUCAUGUUCCUGUAUCGCUCAUUUCUGUGAAAGUAUGGAUACUAUUUUUUAUCGGGUAUGGUUACUGCAAAACCGUUUGAAUGUGAACCCAUCUGUUGAGGACAAGUGGGUCCCAGGGAUGGGUGCAAUUCAUGAAAGUCUCAAUCGGAAAUGCCUCCCUCUCUGUUCAAAUCACAUAAAUGAUUUAUAUAUUGGGAAAAUCACUCUGCAAGACAUUGACUGCACUUUGUUUGUGGAUGUGGACUGA